CGACGCCGCCAUAUUGAAAGUCUGUGCGUGUUCGAUAAACACACGCUUGAGUUUUGAACUCUAAAGGCGCCGGAGAAAGAUAAAGAAAGAGGAAGAGUAGACUGUUGCCACCAUGGCAUUGCCCUAUGUGGUAGGUCCUGGUGGGCAGCUGUUCAUGGUGGGACAGGCCCCCAUCAUACAGCAGCCAAUCAUUCACCACCAGCCUCCCAAAGUGCCUGAUUAUAUGAAUGAAGAUAAACUGCAAGAAAAAGCCAGAAAAUGGCAACAGCUGCAAACCAAAAGGUACAGUGAGAAGCGUAAAUUUGGGUUUAUUGAUGCUCAGAAAGAAGACAUGCCACCAGAGCAUGUCCGUAAGAUUAUACGAGAUCAUGGAGACAUGUCCAGCAGGAAAUACAGACAUGAUAAAAGAGUCUAUCUCGGGUAA